CUACUAAUUUGAUCUCUCAUGGACUUCGGUCCGUGUUUUCGGUGUUUAGUUUGGUGGCACGAAGACCAAAGGAUAAGAAGAAACAACUUAGUCUAAACGCCCUCGAUUCUGUCAUAGCCUCGUCAUCUUACAGGAAAGUAAAUAUGAAACAUUCUCCUGAAACAACAACGUGGAUAAGGAAAAGAAACUGCAAAACUUUACUCCGGACCAGUUGAACAACUCACAACGUCGAUCGCCCGCAGUUACCGAGAUCCAGGAAGGUUUCCACAUUUGUUGUUCGAAGUGUUGUGAAAACUUACGGAGUGGUCGAUUACAUUUCUUAUACGGUUGUAACUCUGAAAAGUAAAUAGAUACCAACAUUUCAGGUACCAAUUUGUGAAAAUAAUUAAUAUGACCAUGACUCGUGCAUGUUACUAUAACUCUGACUCUUUCCAAAAUGGCUCACAUUACUAGCUCGUAUGAUGUUAUUUCCCUAUCAACAAUUUCGACUACCGUCUCCCACCUAGUGAUCGAGAAUGCUGUAACUGGAGAAUUUCUGUUGGUUUUUAAUCGCUUUAAAGAGUUUAAAGAGUGAAUUAACGAACAAAAAUAUCAUGGGAACUUCCAUGGAAACAUAGACCGGUCUUGAGAACGAGUUAAACAUAUCUAGUAAAUGUUAAAGUGCAUUUAUAUAUGAACUAAAUAUGCUCUUGGCCAUGACACCCGUUCGAAUCAGAGUGACUCCUCUCGCGGCAUACCUUCUGGCCUUAGCUGUGUACAGCUGUUUCAUGUGCAUCAGCACACUCAAGGAACACCAGAGACGACAAUACGAAGCUAUGACAGCUAACGACGCGGGUAUAGACGAAGACCAGCAGAGACCUAGCAUUCACAGACGAACCAGGAGUCUUGAUCCGCCGAAAUUCGUCACUGUGGACGACUUUUAUUCUUGGCUGUCCUCACCGGAAACAGACUGCAGAAAGCUGGUUCGAUUUGGAGGAACGUAUUGUAGAAAGACGGUAGACUCCGAUAAAAAUGUCUGCUUGGAUCCCGACGUUGCUCUGAAACCGAGGAACUGCACAGUGUAUUCUUUCGGUAUAGGCCAUGACACUUCCUUUGAUGAUAUGUCAAAUGACUUUGGGUGUGACGUCUUCAUGUUCGACCCAACAAUAAACAAGAGUGACGUAAGCAGUCAACUUCUAAAGAAACAGAAGUUUUUCCACGUCGGUAUAAGUUCUAAAAACUACACCCUCCUCCACAACGUCACCUACGUUGACUCAGGCGGCGGCGAAGUGAUUGUAGGAAAGUACAACACCUACGAUGAAAUAAGAAAGCUCGUUGGACACACGAACCAAGUUGUCCAUUACCUCAAGGUUGACAUCGAGAAUACCGAAUGGGAUGUGAUUCCUUACCUGUCGAGAAAGGGCUUAUGGCCAGGUAUCAUGCAAAUCGCAAUUGAGGUCCACACGAUGGCCAUUAUGGAUCUCCCGCCUGAAAAUGUUAUGGAUGAACUGCAGCGCUACGCAAGGAUCCUUCUUCUCUUAAGAAAAGAAGGAUUUCUGAGAGUAUCCUACCGUCCCAACUACGUCGAGGAAACUCUCUACAAGGUCCCUGGAGAAAACAGGUCGAUUCCUACGUGUUCGGAAGUCCUUUACAUACGAAGAGGUCCCCGUCUGAUAGAUAUAUAGGUAUAUUUAUAAUUAGUUUUAUUACUACCAUGUAUUGUAAACUGGUUAGUAGGCUAUAAGGAUAAUUGGUUACAGCGCAAUACCAUAAUUAGAACAUUUCAGUCAUGUUUGCUAUAAUUAUAAGAAAUAAACGGAUUUUCCUU